CUUACUCUGGAGGAAGGUGAUGAAAAUUAGGGCUUUGAUAUAUAAUACGAGUAACAUAAAGAGACAGAAAGAAUGCAGUCGUUAAUUGGUCGUGGAAGCCAAUAUUAUAUGUCGUUUUUGCUGACUUGGUCUGCUUCUUCUUCUUCAUCAAUAAUAACAACAACAAGAGGGAGUAGAAGAUUUGCUGCUGCUGUUGGUCUAUUCAAUGUGAAGACAAGACAACAACUAGUCCUAACAAAUACUACUCGUAGUAAUUAUAUUCGGCGGCAUUGUUGUUGCUGUUAUUCUACUACUACUAGUACUAGUAAAACCAGGAAAUCAUUGCUUAAAAAGGUAGUAGCAAUUCAUGAUGAUGAACCACCCGCGGAAGACAACAACGACAAGAAAAAGAAGACGAAGAAGAAGAAUAGUUUUUACUACGUGGUACAAAAAGGGGAUAUUGUUGGUGUCUACAACAACAAGUUACAUAUUCUUGAUGAUUCUCCGCUGUCUCAAGUAUGUGAUCGUCCUGUUAGUGUCUAUAAAGGUUACAACAUGUCCAAGGAAGCUGAGGCAUAUUUGGUAUCUCGUGGCCUUAAAGACGCCCUUUAUACCAUCAGAGCCGUAGAUUUUAGAAAAGACCUAUUUGGAACCCUCAUGCCAUGUCCUUUCCAGCAUCCACAUGAUUCCCUAGGCGAACCACAAAAUAUUUUUCAGCAACUUUUGGGGUCUCAAACCGAGCGUGCUUGUAUUCUUGAGUUUGAUGGCGCAUGUAAAGGAAAUCCUGGAAUAUCUGGGGCAGGAGCAGUGUUACGAACUCCUGAUGGAACAUUGUUUUGUAGAUUGCGUGAAGGUCUGGGUACCGCAACUAAUAAUGUCGCUGAAUAUCGAGCUAUGAUUUUAGGCUUGAGAUAUGCUCUUAGCAAAGGGUUCACAAGUAUAUAUGUUGUAGGCGACUCCAAACUUGUUUGUAUGCAGAUUCAAGGUUUAUGGAGGGCAAGACAUCCGAAUAUGAUCAAGUGGUAUGAAGAAGCGAAGAAGUUAAAGGAUGAGUUUCAGUUUUUCCAGGUUCAUCAUGUCCUAAGGGCCAAAAACUCAGCUGCUGAUGUUCAGGCAAACUUGGCUGUUGUUCUUGCAGAUGGUGAGGUACAGGAGGAGGAUGUUGACACAAUGAAGACAGACAGCCAAAGUCAACAAUCAAUGGUGUUAUUGAGCUAAUAUCAAUCAUGAACAACCCCUCUUUAGUAACUUCCUUCAUUUCUAGUAUCAUGCUAAAAUGCUUUGGCAAUUAUGUAGGUGUUUUAGCUUUUUGAGCAAAAUUUGGUGUAAUUUUUGACGCUAGAUUGAAAUUGCAAGCAGUUUACCUUUUAUUUUAA